UCGCUUGGCGUCCUAGUAAAGUACGAGCCACUCGAGUUGUCGUUCCGUUAGUGUCCAGUCGUGAAGCCGCUCAGCAGCAUCUUUUAAGUUUAAGUUUAGAUAAACUGAUAUUUGGGUAGUAAGAGUGGUCGAGGAUGGCUUGCGGGCCUCUUAGUGUGGCCCUUUGGGUUCUGCUCGGGUCGGUCUUACUUGUGGACGCUAUUUCUCUGGACUUAGAUAUUACAAAAGAUCUAGAAAAUGUGGUGAAAAAAGACAACUUUAUCAUUUCCAUGAAACAUAUCAAACCAAAGAAAAGGUCGAGGGCGUUCGUAGAAACUUUAUUUUCCGUCGACUUUCCUGGAUCAGAAAACAAAUUUUCGUUGCAAAUUGACCGAAAAACUAAAAGAGUUAUUGUCCAAACAUUAGAAGAUAGUAGAUACAGAGAACAAAACUUCACUGUAGAUAUCCUCCAUGAUGACACUGUUAUAAAAUCCCUAAUCUUAGCUGUUAACCAGACUGAACCAACGCCACAUGCCAAUUUAUACAUAGACUGUAUAGCUUAUGGAAUGGUUGCCACCCCUAAAUCUAUGAGAGAUAUGUAUACCAGUAUGAGGAGACCUACAUUAGAAGUUUUUCAUGAAAGGAAGUACACUAUGGACAUAGAUGGUCAUAGAGACUUACGGGCUGUACUUAGCAGAAACGAGUGUCCUUUACCUUUAGAAAAAAUAGUAGAUCAAGGAUUUAGUGAUGAUCUCUUUAGUAACUCCCUUAGGGAUGACCCCAAUAUCCAGGCUCAGGAACCUUAUGACUCUGGAUACAGUUAUACAGGAGAGAGAGCAGACAUCCCUAUUGUAACCACAAUGGAAGAUGUUGGCGUGAUUAGUGCCCUCAACCAAUUGAUUAAAGUAGUUAACUUGGAAAUGCAAAGGUGUGAAAAGCAAGCAGAGGCCUUUGAUAACUUACGACGGCUGAUUGAAGAGUGUGAACUGUGCAGAAAUAGACCAGCGCCUGUGGUAUACCCAACUUGUAGCACAAAUCCUCCAGGUUGUGCACCUGAGAGUCAUUGUAUGGAUACCAGAGAGGGACCUAGAUGCGCACCAUGUCCUUCUGGAUACCGCGGUGAUGGAUACACUUGCACCCGCUUAAUAACCUGCAAUGACAGACCAUGUUUCCCAGGAGCCAACUGUAGAGAUACACCAAGUGGAUACGAAUGCGGCCCGUGUCCUUCUGGAUUUGAGGGUAAUGGAAGGGAAUGCCGGCGUAACCCUUGCGAGCGUAAUCCUUGUGCUCCAGGAACAAUAUGCACUCCACUCAGCGAAGAUCCCUAUUAUCAAUGUUCGGGAUGCCCAGAAGGAAUGACUGGAAAUGGAGAAGACUGUCGAGAUAUUGAUGAGUGUGACCUAAUUCAUCCAUGUGAUCCAAACGUAGAGUGUAUUAACUUAUCGCCCGGAUACAGAUGUGGUGCAUGUCCUCCUGGUUUCACAGGAAGUUAUGGAAGCCAAGGCAUAGGUCUAGAAGACGCUAGAAGAAAUCGUCAAGUUUGUUCUGAUAUAGAUGAAUGCGCUGAUAGUAGGAUUUGUGUAGAACACUCAAGAUGCAUAAACACUAUGGGUAGCUAUCAGUGCGGCCCAUGUGAAUACGGAUUCAUUGGCAAUCAAAGCGUCGGUUGCCAUCAGGGCGAAGGAUUUUGUCCUAACGGAGUUCGAUGUGAUAGAAAUGCCCGAUGUGUUGACUUAGGUUGGCAUAAGUAUGCUUGUCAAUGUGUUACUGGUUAUGCUGGUAAUGGAGAAUUUUGCGGCCCUGAUAGAGAUUUGGAUAACUGGCCAGAUAACCAACUGCCAUGCCGAGAAAGCCGUUGUAAACAAGAUAACUGUGUUGAAACACCAAACUCUGGACAAGAAGAUGCUGAUGGUGAUGGAAUUGGUGAUGUAUGUGAUCCAGAUCCAGAUGGUGAUGGAAUCAUCCAUGGGGAUAAUUGCCCCUAUCACAAAAACCCUGAUCAAGGAGACUCUGAACAGAAUCCUGACAGAGUUGGAGAUGCUUGUGAUAACUGCCCCUAUGUACCAAAUCGAGAUCAGUCUGAUAUUGACCAUGAUGGCCAAGGAGAUGCCUGUGAUCCUGAUAUUGAUGAUGAUGGUAUUCCAAAUGACCGUGACAACUGCCCGAAAAAAGCUAAUAGAGAUCAAUAUGAUGCUGACGGUGAUGGAAUUGGUGAUGUUUGUGAUAACUGCCCAAAAAUAUACAAUCCUGGACAAGAAGAUACUAAUGAUAAUUUAGUGGGAGAUGUAUGCGAUAGCCCUGACGAUAUUGAUCAUGAUGGUGUUGGUGAUGAUAGAGAUAAUUGCAAACAUAAACCAAAUCCAGAUCAAAGGGAUACCGACAGAGACGGCAAAGGUGACGAAUGUGAUAACGAUAUCGAUGAGGAUGGAGUUUUUAAUAAUGUAGACAAUUGUCGUUAUGUCUAUAAUCCAGAUCAAGCAGAUAGUGAUGGUGAUGGUUAUGGAGAUGUUUGCCAAGACAACUAUGACAAUGACCCAAAAAAUAAUAUAUUCGAUAAUUGCCCGAAUAACUCCCUCAUCUACAGAACUGAUUUCAGUAAAUUCCAAACAGUAGUGUUAGAUCCGGAAGGUGAGUCGCAAAUCGAUCCACAUUGGGAAAUUUAUAAUCAUGGUGCCGAAAUUGUUCAAACUAUGAAUAGUGAUCCGGGAUUAGCUGUUGGUCAUGAUAAAUUGGAUGGCGUUGAUUUUGAAGGCACCUUCUUUGUUGAUACUGAUAUUGAUGAUGAUUAUGUUGGAUUUAUUUUCAGUUAUCAAAACAAUCGUCGUUUCUAUACAGUUAUGUGGAAAAAGAACGGACAAGGCUACUGGCAACCAACACCAUUUAGAGCAGUCGCAGAACCGGGCAUUCAAAUUAAGUUGGUUGACUCUGAAACUGGACCUGGAACAUACCUGAGAAACUCCCUGUGGCAUUCUGGAGACACUAAGAAUCAAGUAAGAUUACUCUGGAUUGAUCCAAGAAAUCAGGGAUGGAAAGAGAGGACUCCGUACCGUUGGUUCCUAAUUCACAGACCAAAGAUCGGACUUAUCAGGCUUAAGAUCUUUGAAGGUGAAAGAAUGCUGGUUGAUUCUGGAAAUAUCUUUGAUAGUACUUUGAAGGGUGGCCAGUUGGGAGUGUUGUGCUUUUCACAGGAGCAAAUUAUUUGGUCUGAUUUGGCUUAUAGGUGUAAUGAUAAUCUUCGUGAAGAAAUCUGGAAUGAGCUGCCUGAAAGGUUUAAAAGCCGGGUCCAUAUUGACAACACGGUUUAUAGAAAUAUUCAGGAUCCAAAUCCCUAUGCUUAAUUUAUCUUUUAAUCUAUUAAUUAACAUGUUUGUACUUAAUUGUUAAAAUUUUGUGAAUAGAUAAUUUUGUUGUACAUUUUUGUUAAUGUAUUUUCUUACAGUUUUCAAUGUUCUUGUGCUAGGAGACUUAUUAACUCUUUGUAUUUAAAAUAAGUCAAAUAAUAAAAAAUAUUUUGUAUGAAUAUAAUAAAUGAAUAAUGUUUAUAAUAAA